UGACAUCUGUUUUGCUGUUAUGGAUGAUUCACGUUCAGGCCAAGCCACCUCACAUUGUCUUUAUAGUUGCAGAUGAUUUAGGUUGGAAUGAUAUCGGUUUUCACAACCCAGAUAUCAUAUCCCCAAAUAUAGACAAGCUAGCAUAUGGUGGAAUGAUUCUGAACCAGUCAUAUGUACAACCUGUUUGUUCUCCAUCAAGGAACUCCUUUAUGACAGGCGUUUAUCCUUUUAAAUCAGGUUUGCAGCAUUUUGUAAUAAUGCCACAACAGCCAGCCUGUGCUCCAUUGAAUCAGACAUUUCUUCCUAUGGAAUUGAAGAAAAUGGGUUAUGCAACACAUAUAAUUGGAAAAUGGCAUUUAGGAUUCUGUAAAUGGGAAUGUACACCGACAUAUCGUGGAUUUGAUUCGUUUUAUGGUUAUUACAAUGCGAAUGAAGAUUAUUACAAUUAUGAAGUUGAUAAGGGUUCAGACUUCCGAGUUGAUAAAAAAGCUGAAAAACCCAAUGUAUACUCGACAUAUGCCUACUCCCAACGUGCUGACGAAGUUAUCGGAGGUCAUAACAAAAAUCAGCCCUUAUUCCUAUACUUACCCUUCCAGUCUGUCCAUGAACCUAUAGAGGUACCACAAAUUUACGAGAACAUGUACAGCAAUAUCAAAAACAAAGGUCGACGACAGUUUUCUGGCAUGGUAACAGCACUAGAUGAUGCGAUAGGAAAUGUAACACAAUCACUUAUGAAAUAUGGAUUGUACAAUGAAACGCUUAUAAUAUUCACAGCUGAUAAUGGUGGAUGGACAGCAUUUUCUGGAAAUAACUACCCCCUUCGUGGUGGCAAAUUAACUGUUUACGAAGGUGGUACCAGAGCAGUCCAGUUUGUUCAUGGAGCAGGAAUAUCCAAGUCAAACUACACAUUCAAUGGAAUGAUGCACGCAGUUGAUUGGAUGCCUACAAUACUGGCAGCAGCAGGAGGUGGUUCAGUUCCAGGAAUAGAUGGGAUAAACCAUUGGCCAGAUCUUCAAGAUGGGAUACCACGACAUACCAGGACUGAAUUUAUAUAUAACUUAGAUGAUUCCACUGUCCCCGUAAAUGGAAAAGCAGCAAUAAGGUGA